AUGGAAACUUUGGAAACGGAUAGCGAACACGAUUACGGUGAUACUUCUGAAACGACAUUAUCUCUAUACGCUUUGGAGCCCGCGGAAACCAACGUUGACAGUGAAGAUUUGGAGUCGUUUGAGGAACUAUCCAAUUCAGUCAUGGAAGCGAAUUCCUGGGAAGGCUGCAAUUACGACUAUGCCUAUCCACGGCAAAGUCCGAGAAAAAGAAGAGCACAUUACAAAAAUCUUUUUCGAUCAAGUGGAACCCAUAGUAUAGGUGAUUCGAGUGAAUAUAACAAUGCUGUUCAAUCUGAAAUAAAAGAUGAGGAGAUGAGGGUUGAAACAGCAAUGUCAUGCAUCGAUUUGGAAACAGCACUCUCAGAAAUUUCAAUCUAUUCGCAGUAUACACCAGCGCCAAGCGAGACGAAUGUCGAAAUAGAGUACGACAUCAUUGCUAAGGCAUCUCCUAUGAGUACAGCUGUGAGUGGGAACGUCUCUUGGUACAGCUUACCGAAAACCGGAGAGAUUGAAAUGCAACCUUCUCUCUACAUGGAGGGUGCAGGAGAAGUAGACUCCAUUGAAUCCUUCAACAUUCUCGCCGGAGCUGAGGUCAUCGCGGUCAAGGAUUUAGACAAUCUAGGCCCUUGUGCAGUGAAAACCUGUGAUGCAGGAGAAAAAAUGUACGAGUAUUCCUGCCCUUCUAAUGAUCCAUCAGAGACAGACGUCGAGAUGAAUAGAAUGCACAUAUUCGUCGAUAAUGACGAGUCGGACUACAAAGCUGCAUCACAAAUUCCUGACAUCGAUUCGUUGCGUGUUGAAACAUGGUAUAAGUUUGUGAAUCUCGUUUAUCAACUAUCCAUCCUUUUUUAG